GAAAAUUCCAUCAACGGCAAUUAAUACAAGUGAAGCAAUGGAAAAUGUAUGGAAGUUCACAUUUUCAAUAAAGUUCCAAACAAAGCGGUUGAAACUAGAAAUGUUCUUAUCUAUUUCGCCGCUAAACAGAUUGCGGCCAAUUAUGAGCGAAUGGUUUGUGUCUGAAUAAUUUGAUAGAGUGCGCCACAUGUUGUGCCAUAUUUCAAAUGACAUUCCAUUAGAAUGGCCAAAUAGUGAAAAGUUGUCAAUAAACAAAAUCAAAACAAAAUCAUGUAUUACUACUAGCCAAAUUCGGAUUUAAAAGUCAACUUGGUUUUCUUUUUAGUGUCGAGUCAUUUAGAAUAAGUUCAAGGAUUUGACUGUUGUUUUAUUUUUAUACAUUGUUUUAAACAAUAUGAGUGACAAAGAUAAGCCAUGGACUGCGGAUGAUAUUCGAAGGAAUGCGCCGAAUUGGUCGUUACAAUGUGAUGGAAAACUGUUGGAAUAUAUGAAAAAUGUGUCAAAGACAAUCGAAGAGCGGGGGAAUCGUUCGACCCACAAUAUGCAUAGCUCAAUGUUGGAACUUGACCGUACCAAAAUCGCCUUAGAAAAUGCAACCAAUCAGCUGAUGGCAUUGCAACACAAACAGUUUAUCGAGAAUCGAGUAUACGACGACGAUGAAACCCUAGCAAAUGUCGACAGUGUUCCGACUACUAAUCCAAAUCAAAUCGAACAGCCAAAGAUGUCAGUGACCGAAGCACUCCAAAAUGCCAUCACCACUGGAAUGGAAAUGGUUGAUCAGUACUUCGAUAAAGUGACAAUUGAGCUGAGCGACUCAGAAGAUGAAGGCGAAGAAGUACAAAAGAGCGUCAUUUUCCGGCCAAAGAAUCUAUAUGACCAUCGUCCACUGCCUUAUUUAAUCGGAUCUAAAGAGUGGCAUGAGAAAUGGCACAUCGGGCUGAUUGAUGAAGACAGCGAUGGUUCGGGCAAUGAGAAUGUCGACGAUGAAGUCUCAAUAUCGCCAUCAUCGUCAUCGUCACAAGGCGUAUCGAUAUCGAGUAAUGUUCCAGUGUCAUUGUCAGAGUCAGAGAAUCCAACAGGUGCCGCCUUGUUCAGAAAACCAGAAACGCAAGAUUUAUUCCAAAGUUCAUCGGAGGAGAACAUAUCAAAGUUGUCACAUGAAGAGAAUAAUCCAACAUUCCGUAAAAGAAGUGUCGAUGUGUCGAAAACCGAACCAAAUGUGAAACCAACCGAUUCAAGGGAAGUGAAUACGAGUAAUUCAAUAUUUAGACAGCAAAAGGCACCGAAUGUGUCGCACGUAAUACCAACAUUAAUCGAUUCCGAUCCACCUGAACUUGAUGACAUACCAAGCACAAGAACGGUGCACAAGCCAGCGAAUCUCUUUUUGGAUGACGAAAAUGAUCCGGAUGAUUUUAAUAUUUUCGAAAACAAGACAACCAAAGCUGUGAAACAAGCGAGUGGCCAAAGUGAAAAUAUGCAAACGACUACGUCGACGGCCGACCAGAUCAAGUCAAUCAACUUAUUUGCUGACGAUGAAGAUGAUAAUUUUGAUAGUUUUUUGCCAGCUAAACCCAAGAGCACCGCUUCGGUCGAUUCCGUCAAGUCACCGCAAAAAAUCACAAACCUUUUCGAUGAUGAUUUCGACGAUGACCUAUUUUUGCAACCAUCGGAACCAGUGCCAAAGCCAGCGGCUCCUACAACAAUUUUCUCGAACCCGGCUCCCAAAAAAGAUGUAUUCUUAAGUAAUUUAUUCAAUGAUGAACCGCCAGAUGAUGAUUUUGACACAACAACACCAGAAAAAGUGGUAAAGCCGCAAUCGACAAGUGCAAACGGCGCGAGUAAGAAGCCAGAAGUAGUUGCUAGUCCUGAAAAAGCGAAAGUAGCUGCAGCUACGGUCGAAUCGAAAAAGCCGACCGAAUUGUUCAGUAACAAGCUCGAUUUGUUUGAUGAUGAUGAAGACGAUGAUGCGUUUGAGAAACUCAUUUCCUCCACUAAAAAUAGGAAUUCAAUUGAAAAGAAAGAAGUCCUCUUUGAAGCCGCCAAACCAAUCGAUGGAAAAGAAGAAGAAAAAAAGGUGCCUGCAGUGCAAUCAAACAACAAAUUGGGUUUUUUCAAUCCAGGAAAUUUGUUCUCGGAUACACCACCGAGCGACGACGACGAUGAACAACUAUUCGCGAAAGUGUCGUCUCCAAAACAUGAUGUCAAAAAAAAGCCCACGGAGAGUUUGAAGCAAAAAACUGAAUUUUACAAUGAUUUUUCGGACACGGUUACAGUACCAGAAGUAUUCACUAACGCAAUGCAAUCAAAAACUGAAUCGCCAUCGGAUGAGAAGGCGGUUAGCAGUGCAUCAGAGAAAUCUGUAAGCCGUGAACCUGAGAAAUGGUCAAGUGUUGAGUCGAAGACCACAGAUAGCAGUAAAACUGAUGGAAAACGGUCUGAUUUCCUAAAAAAACUCGAUGCAUUUUCCAAUCACAGCUCGAAUGUUGAUAAGACCGAAACGGCACCGAAUCCAAAAACAAUACAACCGAAAAAAUUGAACAUUGGAAAUAUCGAUAUAAAUGUUGCCGCUUUAUUACCAGGUGCCAAACUCGCGAAACCGACCGAACGAAGCGAUAGUAAAGAGAGUACGGAUGAGGUCAGCGAUGAUGUGCCAGCUAAAACAACUACAAUAAGCAAAGUCCUGAGUGAGGAUAAUGUUGAUGAUUCGGGACGAUUAACGAAUUUGAAUCGCAAUCGUGUGAAGAACUUUUCGCGACGUCCAUCGACUCGAGCCGGUCGACGGCAACAGUAUCAAAAAUCACUUCAGAGUGAAGAACACACCGACGAAUUAUCUGAUCAACCGGCCGCUAGAAGCGUUGAUACGAUUUCAAUAGCUCAAGAUCCACAAAUUUCAGAAACAGUUCCAGAAGGCAAAAAUAAAGUCGAUAAAAUUCCACCAAAUCCGUCUAAAAUCGAACAGAAAGCACCAAAAACGGAGCAAAAAUCCCCAAAAAUUGAACCAAAACCGAAAAUUGAGAAAAGCCUAGAGGAAAUUGAGCAAAAAUUACCUAAAUUUGAACCAAAAUCUCUUACGAAAGAAGUAAUCUUUGACGAUGAGUUAUUUGAAACCGAUUUGCCACCUGAAGAUGUCGCGAUAACACCAAAAAAUACGGAAAAUACUGAAAAAUCCCAAAUAUCCAUUGACCCACAGCCUUUGGAACCAACGAAAAGUCCGGAAAUUGUAGAAACAACCGAACAAUCAAAUGUGAAUGACAAUAAAAAGAAAAAUCUAUUUUCGUUCCUCGAUGAUCAAGAAGAUGAAGACGAUGAUUUCUUGGAGGUGCAGCCCAAAAUACCAGUCCAACCCGAGCCAGUUGCUAAGAGUGAGGUGACGGUCAAAGCCACUCCAGCUUACAUUGAUGAAUUGCCACCAGAACUCGAUUUAGUCGAUGAAAAAAUCAAAACUGCGGGAACUUCAACUUUCUUAUCGGAAAAUGCACUCAGCUUGUUUGGUGAGGAUGAUGAAGACGAUUUUGACAGUGGUGCAAUAUUCACUUCCGGAAAAUCAACCAAUCCACCAGCUCUUCCGAAUGAUAUCACAGAAGUGGAAGAUGAUUGGUCUCCAUAUCCACCACUAAACUUAAAUCCGUCAGCCACGUCACCGGGUUCAAGUGAGAAGAAGCCCUCAUUCGGUAAUGUUUCAAGCCUAUUCGAUGACAACUCCGAUAAUGAUGCACUUUUCGGUGGUCCAACAACGCCAGUUUCAUCAAAAGUUGAGCCAAAAGAACAAAAACCACAACCAAAAAGUACGCCAUCUGCAAGUGCAGUCACUAAAUCAAGUCUUUUUGGAGACGACGACGACGACGAUGAUCUAUUUGGUGAGCCACCUCCAUUACCGGAGCCGGUAAAACAAAUGCAACCAAAGAAAUUGGCCUCGAAAAUAUUCAGUUCAGACUCUUCGGAUGAUGAAUUGUUUGGCGGCGGAAAAUCAAGCAAGAAAAAUCCACCAAAAUUGAAUUCAGGUACGACUGCGACGAUUUCGAAGGUGGGCAAAGAUAAAGCGAGUGAAAAAUUGUUUAGCGAUUCAGAAGAUGAUGAUUUAUUUGGCACGAAAUCAAAGCCAAAAGAUACUGCCAAUAAAAAAGUGCUGGCCACUUCAACAUCAAAGACAGUGACAGCCAAAGAGGAUGCCCAAAAAACCGUUAAAACUUUAUCGCCAAGCGCCGUUGACAAUGACCCUUUGGCCGAUUUGUUGAAGUAGAUGCAGCAGUGUGAGUGUCACCACACUCAUAAAGUGUCGUUGUAUCUUGACUAUAUUAUGUGCCUUUCCCCCUCUUCCCUCAAGAAAAAAGACCUAUAAUUGAACAAAAUUCUAUGAAGAAUCAAAAAUAAAACAUCCAAUUGUUAAGUUUUCUACACAA